AUGCGACUUUCGAUCUCGGGGUUAUUCUUUUUGAUGGUGUCGGCCACGGUGGCCCAGGCAUCCCCCGUCCAAACUGCUGUUCCCCAGCCUGGAGGAGUGUUACCGCGGGAUGCCGCCACCACUACGGCAACCAGCCCGGAGACCACCACAGCUCCCACCACAACAACCAAUGACUUUGAAUUCCAUUUGUCAUUGAGCCUGGAUUUGCCCUCCAACACAUGUACGCCCACCAUAGCUCCUGAUAAGUAUGGUUGGGUACCGGCAUCGGAGUGCGACGCCUUGUACCUCUACUACCCGUCUUUUGGAGCUGCGGUCGCUGUCGCCCUAAUUUUCGGGAUCCUGACGAUGGCCCACUUUAUACAGGCGACUAUGUACAAGGCAGGCUUUGCUUGGGUCAUCCUCAUGGGUGUCUCGUGGGAGACUGUAGCUUAUGCGACCCGCGCCUUCAGCACUCGCAAUCAACAAAAUGACACUAUUGUGACCGUCGCCCAGAUGUUUAUCCUUUUGGCUCCAUUAUGGGUCAAUGCAUUCGACUAUAUGGUCCUAGCUCGAAUGAUCCAUUUCUUCGUCCCCGAGCGUCGCAUCGGCAUGUUCAAGCCCUCAUCACUAGCGAAGAUUUUUGUCUGCCUCGACUUUGUCUCCUUUAUUAUCCAGAUGAUCGGUGGCUUUAUGGCCACUGGUACCGAUCAGCAGCAAAUGAACGGUAUCCAUCUCUACAUGGGUGGCAUCGGCAUCCAAGAGUUCUUCAUCGUAUGCUUUUUGGUGCUGGCCGUGCAGUUCCAGCGAUUGAUGCUGAAGCUGGAGCGGGCCGGCCGACUGCCCGUCGAGAAGCAGAACUGGCGUCGACUGCUCUAUGCUCUAUAUGGCAGUCUACUCGCCAUUACGGUACGCAUCAUUUACCGCUUAGUUGAAUUUUCCGCCGGCUACGGAGAUUCCAAUCCCAUUCCAUACCAUGAAUGGUAUAUGUAUGUGUUUGAUGGUAUUCCCAUGGCCUUGGCCAUUGUCGUCUGGAACUUUGCGCCGCCGGGUGCCGUGCUACAGGGACCGGAUGCCAAAAUGCCCUCCAGUGGCAUCGGCAAGUGGCUCUUCUGCAACGGCUGCAUCUGCUGUGGUGGCUGUUGCUGUCGAAGCUGCCGGAAGCCCGGCAAAAGCAAGAGAGAUAUGCAGCGACUACCCGAUCACGACGCAUAUGAAGAAGAUGUCCCGCUCCACAACCGAGAACCAUCCCCUUACCGUGAUACAUACAGUGUUCGUCGCUGA